UCGCUGCCAUGCCGGUUGCGUCUUAAAGCUUUUAUUUUAUUUUGGAAAUUGCAAAAUACGUGACUGAAAAGGGGUUUCGUGCAGGACACACUGUCUACAUAUAUAAUAUAAACAUGAGCAUUGUCCCAGCGCAUGUCAUACAAUUAAUACCAUUUCGUUUACUGGCUAAUCGCACGCCCUUCCAAUUGGAACAGCUCAGGUCAUGGCGGCGCACAUUUUCAUUGGGUAAUCAACGUUCGCUGCUCGCAGCAGCGCCUGGCCAUAGGCGUGCGCUAUUAACGGCGGCGUCAUAUCACACAAGCAAAGGAGCACAGUCUAAACAGUGGCUGAAAAGCAGCAGAGACUACAGCAGCGCCAAAGAACCGCCAGUUGCAAGUAGUGAGAGCGCUGCACCGUUACUAUCAAAGCUGUUCCCACAAACAUCACCAGAGGCAGAUGCAGGUGCUGAGCAGGAGCGCAAAAAGCGCGAAGAGGAUGAGGCUAAGGAAAAUGAACGCGCCUGGAAACGCAUGAAGCUGGGAUUUGCAAUUUUCGGUGGUGGCGGCAUUGCCACUCUGUUCUGGGGCAUCUAUGAGUUUGGCAAGCCCGAAGUGGACGCUGAGGGCCAGGUUAUUGAGGAUGAGUUUACCAAUAAGCCAAUGGUGCAGCAGUAUGUGCAGCGCAUGUGGAAAUCAUUGCAUUAUUAUCAAAAAAUGAUUCAAGAGCCAUCGCGUGCCAAGUUGUUGCCCGAUCCGCUCAAGCAUCCGUAUGUGCAGCCACGCUAUACGCUCGUGCUGGAAAUGAAGGAUGUACUGGUGCAUCCCGAUUGGACAUAUCAGACCGGUUGGCGUUUCAAGAAGCGUCCUGGUGUUGAUAAUUUUCUGCAAGAGUGUGCAAAGGAUUUCGAAAUCGUUGUCUUUACCGCCGAACAGGGCAUGACAGUGUUUCCCAUACUCGAUGCACUAGAUCCCAAUGGCUAUAUUAUGUAUCGUCUAGUGCGCGAUGCUACGCAUUUUGUGGAUGGCCACCAUGUUAAAAACCUGGACAACUUAAACCGUGAUCUAAAGCGUGUCAUCGUUGUGGACUGGGAUCACAACGCUACCAAAAUGCAUCCAGAUAACACUUUUGGCAUUGCACGCUGGCAUGGCAACGAUGAUGAUACGCAGCUGCUCGACAUGAUUGCUUUCCUGAAGAUUAUUGCGCAAAACGAUGUGGACGAUGUACGCGAAGUCUUGCACUAUUACCGCCAGUUCGAUGAUCCUAUUGGUCAGUUUAGAGAUAAUCAACGCAAGUUGGCCGAUCAAAUGCAGGAAGCUGAACGCAUUGAGCAGGCCAAGGCCAAGCCCAUGGUGAAGCAAUGGUCUCGCAAUAUAUUGGGUCGUUAACAGCUGCAUCCCAAUCCUCCUCCUUCACACACACACAAACACACAAUAGCCAUAGUGUCCAAUUCCACAGCAAUUGGUAAGCGAACCCAAACUCGCUGCAUAAGUUUUGUUAAAGGAUUCGUUGGCCACCACACAAAAAAAAGCAGCUUCUAGUGUUUUUUUUUUUUAUAAA